CAAUUGAUAAAAACAGAAAACAUGUGGCGAUAAAAAUACGUGAAGUUUUCACCGACCGAGAAUAAUUAUUGCGAUUUUCAUUGAAAAUUGUGAUUCUAAUCCAUUUUAUGAGAUAUCUACCUAUCGAGAAACAGUUAAAAUUUAUAAAAACAGGAGUAAAUGUUUUUAUAAGAUUACGAAUUCUUCGUAGUGCAUCUCUCAAGUGUAGGAAUCUGUAGUGUUUCGUGUGGUGUUUUUGGAGUUCUUAUCUUCGUGUUUUGCUGCACUUUUUUGAGAAAAUGGAAAUUGCUACUUAUCAGAUCAAAAAGUUCAAUCAUUAUGCGCCCUCUCCCAAAGCUAUUCAUUGUUUGUGUUACAAUUCAGAUUUAAGCUUGCUAGCUUUAUCGAGGUCGAACAAUACCGUUGAAAUUUGGGAUGUACGACAUACACCGCAUAUAGAUCGAGUCUUCAUCGGCGAUCCGAAUAAUUCCGUUCAAAGUAUUGCGUGGUUGAACAAUCGAUUAUUUUGUAGUGGAUUAGCUGGCAGUGUUUCAGAAAUUGAUUUACCUACUUUACAAGCAAAACACGAAAUACCUGUCACUUCGGGACCUUGUUGGUGCAUUGAUACGAAUAGCAAAGAUUCUUUGAUUGCUGCCGGAACCGAAGAAGGUUACAUAAACAUUAUCAACGUACAUGACGAUAGUAUAUUACACGAAAAACUUUUAGAUAAACAACAAGGCAGAAUCCUGUGUAUCGCUUGGGAGCCAAAUGGAGAGUUUUUAGCUACUGGUUCUGUGGAUGCAGUUCGAGUAUGGAAUGUUACUACUGGCCACGCAAUUCAUAAAUUAUUUCCUGGUCGAAGUGAAGCUCACAAAGAGACGGUAGUUUGGUGUAUCGCUGUUACCGAAGAUUUUACCAUUAUUUCGGGAGACUCGAGAGGAAAAAUUGUAUUUUGGGAUGGACAAAGAGGUUUACAGAUCGAUUCUCAUCAGUCUCACAAAGCUGAUAUACUCGCAUUAUGCCUAAAUCAAGAACAGAAUAAACUAUAUUGUGCCGGCGUUGAUCCGCUAAUUUCGUCUCUUGAAAAAAUCAGCGUUAAAAGUUCAUCGUUAAAUUCCGGCAAUAAUUACAAAUGGAUUAAAUCCAUACAGCGAGCUAUUCAUGAUCAUGACGUUAGAGCUCUGGCAAUGGUUGAAGAAAAAUUAUUUUCUGGCGGACUUGACGGAUACUUGGCCGCAAGUAGCUACCCACCGAAGACACUCAUCAAAUAUUCUCCUUUGCUACAGUCAAGAAAAAUUUGUUUAGCUUACAAAGCAAAAUUAGUACUUAUCCUUUAUGAAGAGCAUAUGGAGUUGUAUCACUGGACGAACGAUGUUUUAUCCCACGUAGCUAUGAUAAAAUCAUACAAAAAUGCGCCGAUACGAUGUUCUGCAAUUUCUUCUGAUGCUAAUUGGAUUGCCUAUUCUACAGAUUCGGUUGUGAGAUUACUACGGUUCUGCUUGGUUGAAGAUUACUCAAAGUCUGAAAUCAGAAGAAUUAGCGGAUUACCUGCUGCGUUUAAAUCGGCUUCGGUGUGCUUUAGCUUUUCUCCUGAUUGUAAAUACCUGACUUCAGCGGGUAAAAAUAGAAUUAUAUCUGUAGUAGAACUGUCUCCUGAUGAAAGUGUACGGUUGUUGUAUCAGUUAAAUGCUGAUAGUUCCGUAUUAACCGAUAUCACAUUCUUAUUACGUGUAUCUGAAGACUGUGAACGAAUAGUAGCUGCUGAUAGGUCAAGUAAUAUCGCUGUGUGGACCAAGUCACAAUUUCAUUGCUGUUUACCGAAGCAUAGUAGCGCUCCGACAGCUUUAACUAUUAAUGAAGCUAAUGAUACCAUUGUAGUUUCCUACGCUGACCACAAGAUCGUCGAGUAUGAUAUGAGUAAAAAGAUGUACACACCGUUUUCUCGAGCGUUAGAUCAAAAACACCCGAAACAGUGGCUAAAUCGUCAGUUUCCGGUUGAAGGAAUUAUCUGCGAUCCUCGCAAUAAAGAUGUUAUACUGUUUUACGACGAUAGUACCAUUUGUGUUGUUGAUAAAUCCAAGAAUUUACCAGACUCAAGCUGUAAAAUACCUCGACUCGAUCGAGUAAAAUCGCCCGAUAGCAGCGACAACAGCGAAAGUGGCAACAGUCAGUUUUCUUUAAAUCGAUCCGAUAAUGUAGCAUUUCAGAUAAUGAAAACUUUUAAGCAUUUAGUGUUUUUGAGCGAUUUCGGUGACGAUAAUCAACUUAUGGCCGUGGUCGUUGAUCCUGAUACGUUAACCAGUAAAUUACCGACUGCCGUGUUGAAGAAACGUUUCGGAACGAAGUAGAUGUUGAAAUGCAUCUAUAUGAAGAUUGUUCACUAACGUGUCAGGCUCACGUUUGGCGUCUCUUUGUUUUCGUAAAUAAAAUCGUGAAUUAUAUUACAUUCGAUUGUAUGCCUACGAUUGUAUUUGCAACUUUUAAGAAGUAAAAUUAACAAUUCUGUAUUUAACAACAUUAAAGUCUCGCAAAUUAGCCAUUGGUCGUUAUGAUGCGAAAGCUGUUACAUUUCUGUCCGAUAACUAACUGAUACUACGUCAAUCUGAUUUUUGUGAAUAAAGUAAGAAUUAUUUGUUUUUGUAAAAUUUAUGUAAUAUACUCGUAAAUAUUUCGUUU